UGUUAAGUGAGUAUAAUUUUAUAUAAAGUGAUGGAUUUAUUUUUGACAUUACUCUCAGUGUUGAUAACUGCUGUCGUAAUUUUUAUUUCAAAUGUAGCUUUAAAACAUUACAGAGUUAUACAGAGAGUGAACAAAAUACCUGGACCCACACGACUUCCCCUUGUAGGAAAUUUAGUAGAGAUAUUGAAAUGUGAUUCAGUGCAACUUUUUGAAAAAUUUCGAGAAUGGUGUCGAAAAUAUGGAUCAGUUUAUUCAUUUGUAGUUUUAGGAGUUCCCGUAGUUGUGAUAUCUGGACCAGAAGAAUUUGAGAUAAUCUCCUCUGGAACAAAGCAUCUUCAGAAAGGUUUAAACUAUGGACUAAUAGAACCAUGGUUGGGUAAAGGAUUAUUGACUAGUUCAGGUGAACAAUGGCAACAACGUAGAAAAAUUCUUACACCAGCCUUCCACUUUACCAUCUUACAAGAGUUUAUCAAAGUGUUUAACAAGGAAACAGAAGCACUUGUGAAUACAUUGAAAACAUCUACCAAACCUGUGAACAUUGUGCCUCUAAUAUCUCAUUCAACUCUGGCUAUUAUAGCAGAAACUUCUUUUGGUACGAAAUUGGAUAUGGAAAAUAAAGCCGAUAAAAGUUAUGUAUCCGCCAUACACGAAAUGGGCCAACUGCUUGUAUAUCGGAUAAUUAGACCGUGGCUUCACAAAUCGAUAUUAUUCAAUUUGCUUUCAUUUAAAAGUGUACAAUAUAGCAAUACAAUUGAUAUUUUGAAAAAUUUCACUAAUCGUAUUAUAGCAAAACGUGAACGGCAUUUCGAAACAUUUGAAGUAAAUAGAAACGAUGAUGUGUCGAAAAGAAAAAAGUUAGCAUUUUUAGAUAUACUUCUCAAUGCGAAAAUUACCAAAAAUCUUAUUGAUGAUGAAGGAAUUAAAGAUGAAGUUAAUACUUUUAUGUUUGAGGGGCACGACACCACAGCUACAGCUAUCUCAUGGAUAUUGCGGCAAUUAACAAUAUACUCCCAAUAUCAGGAUAUAUUAUAUCAAGAAAUUAUUGAGGUUCUUGGUGAGGAUGGAAAACAACCAGAACUUCAAGAUCUCAAUGAACUGAAAAUUUUAGAAAGGUUCAUAAAAGAAACAUUACGCUUAUACCCAAGUGUACCAGUUAUAUCCAGAUUUUUAGACGAAGACGUAGUACUUAACGGAUACACAGUUCCAAAAGAAGCAUCAAUAGACAUUUGGAUUUACGACAUACAUAGAAAUCCAAAAUAUUGGACUGACCCGGAAAAGUUUGAUCCUGAUAGGUUUUUGCCGGAAAAUUGUGUCAACAGACACCCCUUUGCUUAUGUUCCUUUCAGCGCUGGACCCAGAAAUUGUAUUGGUCAGAAAUUUGCGAUGUUGGAAAUAAAGGCAGUUCUUUGUCAAAUUUUGAGGAAUUUCACUUUAGAAGCUGCAAAUAAAGAUGAUAAAGUUGACAUAUUGACCGAUAUGGUAUUAAGACCUGCGAAUCAGAUUAAUUUGAUAUUUACACAAAGAAAAAAUGAAUAAAUGAUUACUUACACAA